UAUAGUUGUUGUUAAUGUGGAUUGUUUGUUUGAGAGGUUAGGUUGGUAGCUUGAAUGUCUGCUCGUGCGUUCAUUUGUUUAAAUCUGUUUCUGUUAUUGGUGAUUGAUGUGUUAGUUUGAAUCGGAAUUUGUGAUUUAUGCGUGAAGUCAGUGUUCUACAUAUAGUUUUUCAUACUGUAUGAAAAUGGGAGAAGAAACGGAUAUUGCAGAGCCUAUGCCUUCUGAUGAUGUUGUGGCAGCAGAGAAUGUUACUGCAAAUGUGCCUCCUUCCAACAAAAAACGAAAAUCUUGUCGUAAGAGGAAGAAGCAGUUGUACAAUAAUUUGUUAACUCUGAUGGAGUUUUAUCUGGGAGAUGUUAAUCUUAGUAAAGACAGGUUUUUAGCACAACGCAUCCAAGGAAAACCGUUUGUCUACAUUGACCUAUCAGUAUUCUUGACCUUCAAUAAAGUGAAAGCCCUGACUCAGGAUGUUGAAGAUCUUGCAUGUGCUAUUCGUGGAUCAAAGAUUCUCCAACUCUCCGAAGAUAACACUCAAGUUUGCAGGAAAACUCCUAUCAACAGGAAGGAAAAUGAAGAUGAAUGUACUCUUUAUGUGGAACAACUGGGUCCACAGAUGGAUCAUGACUUUCUUUUCAAAUUGUUCUCUCGGUAUGGCCCUGUUGAUUAUGUAUCACUACCUCGGUACUCUCACUCUGGCAAGUUCAAAGGAUUCGCCUUUGUAGAAUUCAAGAAUCCACAAGCUGCUAAGAGGGUUUUGGAGCUUUUCAACACAAAAGGUUGUCGCUUGUCCCCUCACACGGCUCCUGAGGAACUAUUGAGCAUAAAAAACUUUGAUACAAGCAAUGACAAUAAUGAGGAUGCAGAUGUAAAAAUUGAACCAAAAGGCAUAAAUGAUGAAGAAUCUUCCAAGCCUGAAGAUAAUGAUUUAGAUAAAAAACGUGAUAUGAGUAUCAAGGAUUUUGAUACAAACAAAGAAAAUAAAGGGGAUAUUGUUAUAAAAAGUGAAGCUGUUGAUUAUAUAAAUGAUGAAGAAUCAUCUAAGCCUGAAAGUCAUGAUUUGGAUAAAAAACAUGAUAUGAGCAUUAUGCAUUCAGAUAAAAACCAAGAAAAUAAAGAGGAUUUAAAUAUUAAAAGUGAAUUGAGAGACAAAAAUGAUGAAGAAUCAUCUAAACCUGAAGUUAAGACUGAUGUAGACGAACAACUUGGUGAAUCAAUGGACAUCGAAUCGAAGAACGUAAUAGAAAAAAGUACCCAAGAGAAAAAUAUCAAAAAGGACAGAAAGAAACGUAAACAUAAUGAACAAAAUGAGCAUCUGAAACUUAACAACCAAGUAGACGGUGCAAAACGAAGAAAGAAAGACAAUAAGAAAAAGCUUAAAAAUAUUUCAAAUAAUAAAUCUUUAUCUGAUGAAUCUAAAGUUAUUGCCAAUAUAGAAAAUGAAGUGAUAGAUACAGAUGAAAAAUCAUUAGAGAGAGAGAAAAAGAGAAAACAUGUUGAUGAGGAAAUGUCAACUGCAAAUAAUGAAGAAUCACAAGAACCCGCAAAGAAAAAAAUCAAAUCAAAUGUCGAAGAUGCAACUGACACGGUAAGGAAGGGGAAAACUAAACGUGGCAAUAGAAACCCCAAAACUGUACUAAGAAAGAGACGGAGGAGAAGAAAGAUAAAGAUAGUGAAAAAAACAACAGCCUUCUCUCUUGGUUUCAAAGUGCUUCCCAAAAAAGAGUGGAAGCAACUGCGUAACAAAUACUUGAAUAUGCAAAGAGAUAUGAUGAGGACAUUGAAACAGAAAUUGUCCAAUUCUCACAGUUCAGAAACCCGUCAAGGUUCAGAGGAGGCAUUGAUCAAGCUAGAAAAUGCCUGCAAGUCUGGAACUGUCCUUAAAGUCAUCUUGGAAGAGCCAGUCACAAACGUCCAGGCUGCAAAGGGAGAUUUGCGAAUUCACCCGGAGAUCCGAUACAUUGAUGUAACAGAGGGCAGCCCUGUGGCGUAUCUUAGGACAUCUACUCCCGAGGUGGCCAACAGUGUGCUCUCAGCUCAGCAUUGGUCUAAUGUCCAACUUGUACAAGGAGAAGAAGAAUCGGAAUAUUGGAAUAAAAUUAUGAGGGACCGUGAAGAAUAUUUUAAGAAGAGUAAACCAAAUCAAAGGGGACGUACAAAAUUGUUGAAACGAGCUGAGAAGUUUCAUGGAAAACAAAUAAAUGAAAACUCCUUCAUGUAAUAGUACAUUUGUAUAUAGCUUUUGUUACAAAGUUGUUAAAGUGAGCAGAGACACUUUAUUUAAAAUAUAUAAACAACUGACAACUUUUAGAUUUUAAUAGUACAUUUUGUACAUAACAUUUUUACAUUAUUUGGAAAAAUGCUUCUGUGUUCAUAUUGUAAUGUAAUAUUUGUUAAAUAAAUUUAGUUUAUAUUAUGUACUGUUUCCUAUGUAUAAAUAUAACUCAAUGAUUAUGCCCAAUUUAA